AUGCGCCUUUUCUCCAUCACCCGGGCAUCCCACACUGCCGAAUCGCUUGCGCUUAGGGUCAAAUUGGAGUCACCAGAACCACCUAAAACAACCCCAAACACCUCCUGGGCAAUCCCACACACCCAGGAACACCUUGACCUCAACCCAGAGCAGCCCUUCAUCAGACCAACGCCUGUAGAUCUCCCAAGCACAUCUCAAGCAGCAACAAGUAAUCCCCUAAGCAAAGGAUAUCUAUCAGCGCAACCAGGAGAAACAGAUGAAGAAAAGGAGGCAAGAACGCUACACAACAUUGCUACCAUCAUGGGCAGAGCCUUAUCUGUCCCACUCCAGAGCACCUUCAGGGGACUGUCCCAAACUCCUGGCCCAGCCCAAGCAAAAUCCAAAAUCCCUGCUCCUGAGAAGUAUGAUAGCAAGAAGGGCCCUGCAGCCAAAUCAUUUAUCAUGGAUUGCAAAACCUACUUCCUUAGCAAUGCUUCUUCAUUCCCUUCUGAUCACACAUUCUUGCGUAACUGGAGCAAUCCAGCAGUAGCACAAAUUGCAGAACAACACCUGCGCAAGCUCAAGCAGCUGAAAUCAGCAAGCAAUUAUGCCACAGAGUUUAGAAUCAUAGCCAGCAAACUAGAAUGGUCAGACCCUGCCCUCAUUGCCUCCUUCUGCCAGGGGCUCAAGGCAGAAGUCAGAAGCAAGCUAAUUGAGUACACCCUGCACAAGAACAUCACUGCACUGGACAAGUUCAUUUCUACUGCCUGUCUAAAUGAUGACAUGCUGUUUGAAGCGCGCAAGGAGCUAAGAAAAGAUAGCAACAGCAGCACCAGCUCACCACAACACCCAGCUCAAGGGCACUCAAGCAAUUUUGUUUCCAAGAAGAUUCAGGAAGCAAGAAGAAAUGCUGGAGAAUGUUCCAAGUGUGGGGAGAAGUCUCACAAAUGGGAGGACUGCAAGAAUGGAUGGUGCCUCAAAACAAUAGAACGCUCUAAGCCUGAAUCAGGAAAGGCUACAGAAGUAGAGAGCUGGAAUCACUUCCCCAAGCAGGAAAAGUCUGAGGAAGUCUUGCCCUCCCUGCAAACCAAUAAAUCACCACUGCUCACUAUAGACAUAGAAGGAAUCACAGACACUCAAACUGCUCUAAUUGAUUCUGGUUCUUCUGCAAACUUCAUUGAUCCCCAAUUUGCCCUUUCUCACAACAUUCCACUCAUUGAAUUGGACUCCCCACACUCUGUCAUUGGCAUUAAUGGCAAACAAGUCCGCAACCCUAUCUGCUUCAAGGCUUGGUUAGUCUUUAGCUCUCAAAACAGGCAAUUCUCUGCCAUCUUCUAUGCUCUUCCCCUUGGAAACAGAAAACUUAUCCUUGGAACCCCAUGGCUCAAAUUGGCUGAUCCAGACAUUGAUUGGACCACCAUGAAAGUUUCACUCUGCUUAGCUACAGAAGCACAAGCUGGCAGCAUCAACCCUGAGCCUCAGAACCUCCCUGUUGAAUUCCAGGAUUUCCAGAAAGUGUUCAGUGAAGAGUUCUUUACCACACUACCAGAACAUUGCCCCUAUGACAUUGCUAUUGACCUGGAAGAAGACAAACAGCCUCCCUAUGGCCCUAUCUAUUCUGUGACCCCUGCAGAGAGAGAAGCACUCAAGGAACACAUUGACUCAGAACUUGCAGCUGGGAAGAUUGUGCCAACCACCUCACCAGCAGGAGCUCCAGUAAUAUUUGUAAAAAGGGCUGAUGGCAGGCUUUGCUUAGUGGUGGACUAUUGCCAGCUAAAUGCCAUCACAAUCAAGGACACAUAUGCACUACCCAGACAGGACAAGCUAAUUGAGAAAUUGUGCCAUGCUAAGAUCUUCACAAAGCUAGAUUUGAGGAAUGGAUAUCACAACAUCAGAAUCAAGGAAGGAGAUGAAUGGAAGGCUGCAUUUUGCACUGCCCUUGGUCACUUUGCUCCCACAGUCAUGCAAUUUGGCCUUAGCAAUGCCCCAGCUGUGUUUAUGCGCUUCAUGAACAACAUAUUCCGUGAUUUACUUGACAUCUCUGUGGUUGUGUAUUUGGAUGACAUCUUGAUCUUCUCAAACUCAAGAGAAGAGCAUGUGGAACAUGUCAAGGAAGUCUUAUCUUGCUUGCUGAAGCAUAAAUUAUUCUGCAACCCUGCCAAAUGCUACUUCUUUGUCACAGAAGUCACCUACAUUGGUCUUGUGAUUACUCCUGAGGGCAUCUCCAUGGAGAAAGACAAGGUGCAAGCAAUCAUGGACUGGCCUGAACCCCAAGAUAUGAAACAGGUGCAAUCAUUCCUAGGUUUUGCAAACUUCUACCAUUGCUUUGUUCCCAACUUCUCUUGCUUAGCACGCCCUCUGAAUAUCCUUACUCAGAAGGAGCAACCAUGGAUCUGGCUAGAAGAACAGAAGGCUGCAUUUGACGCAAUCAAGGCUGAGAUUUGCAAGGAGCCUGUUCUAGCCCACCCUGAUGAAUCUAAACCUUACACCUUGGAAACAGACGCUUCUGGAGCAGCCAUGGGCGCUGUACUAUCUCAGAGAAAGGAAGAUGGUUGUCUACAUCCUGUUGCAUUCAUGUCAGCCAGCUUUUCACCUGCUGAGCUGAACUAUGACAUGCAUGAUAAGGAGCUACUUGCCAUCACUUGUGCAUUUGAGCACUGGAGAAUCUUCCUGGAAGGAACUGAGCAGCCUAUCACUGUGUUUACUGAUCACAAGAAUCUGGAGUACUGGAAAUCAGCUAGAACCUUCAACAGGCGUCAUUCACAGAAACCUGAUGCCCUGUCAAGACAACCAGAUCACAUGGACUUAGAACCAUCUCCACAAGUUAUGAUUCCAGAAUCUCACUUUGAGGCAUUUUCAGCACACAUAGAGUUGUCCUUGUUGGAUCAAAUCAAGGAAGCUACCCAGGAAGACCCUAGUCUUGACACAAUCUUGCUAGCUGUAUCAGAUCCUAAAUCCACGCCCCACAGCAUUGCACAAAAGUUCAAGGACUAUACAAUUCAGAAGGGUCUACUUCUGUAUCAAGGAAGAGUAGUUGUGCCAGAUGAACCUGAGAUCAAACAGCAACUCUUAUCUCACUUCCAUGAUUCUCCUGCUUCUGGUCACCAAGGAAGAGCAUGA